GCUCUAGACUUGGGCUACUUUUCAUUCAAUGGUCCGUAUAUGACUGGUGACUGUGGCUCCAUACGUAAUGGCUGUGAACAGAGAGGUAUAAGUAUCUCGGCUAGGUCACAAUUUCGGAGCCAAUUAUCUGAAACAAGUUUUGUCGAGAAUUUUGUUUCUCACUCACUACCGCCGUGCGUGCAGCUGAUCUACACAUCUCCCGAGCGUAUCAUCAUCCUAUCUCCUGCGGCACACUCCUCGGAGUCGAAAAGCCCGACGUCAUAAUACAGCUUCCCCUGAACCUUGGUUCAGUCAUAAAGCGAUACUCUGAGCAUUUGCCCUUGGGCAAACAACUUCGAUUGUCACGCUGAAAUUAUGCCCUACAUAUCAGACUCAAAUUCGUACACCAGCACAGGCCUGGAGAAACUCCAAGAAUCAGGCAAAUAUGCCGAUCUCACAAUCAGAUCUAACAACCGAGAUUACUACGCCCACAAAGCAAUUGUAUGCUCGCGAUCCGAUUUCUUCGACGGUGCAUGCAGUAGUUCGUUCCUUGAGGCUCAAACAGGUAUCAUCGAUUUGAGCGAAGAUGACGAGAAUACCGUCGAGCACAUGAUCAACUACUUUUACCGCCUGGACUACACUCUCCAAGAACGUUCGUCUCCACGACGAAACUCCUCACCAUGUAGACAAACAUCGUCCAGCCCACCACGCCCGUUACGCCGACCUCGCCGCCGGUCUGUCAAAGUUCGCAGUCUAAUUUUCGAGGACCCGCUCCUUGCCCAAGCUGUAGCCACAUCGCCUGUUACCGACGCAUCAAUCACUGCAUCGGGUGAUGAUUCGAUCGAUCAAGAGCACGAGUCAAAGCCUAAACUAAUGGAUGAAGAUACGGAGACGUACGACGAGUUCGCCGACGCGUAUUCAGACGAGUUCGAAGAGCAUCCCGAACUAGGGUAUAACAUUACAGAGCCUAUCGAGCGACCAUCGCAAGAUGAGCUCGUCUCUCACGCUAUGGUGUACGCCAUCGCUGAGAAGUACGGUAUACCAGGUUUGAAAGUGCUUGCUCGAAAAAAGUUUCUCGCGAACCUUUAUACCCAUAUUCCCUACACCUCGUUCUCAUCUGCGUUAGCAGAGGUAUAUACAUCCACGAUAGACUCCGAUCGAGGGCUGCGAGAGCCAAUGUUGCAAUUGUUUCGGCAGAAUCCUCAGCUUGUGUUCAGGAGCGAUAUACGAGAGGUUAUGGAGGACAUCGACGAUAUUCAUAUGGAGAUCGAGCGAGCAAUUAAUGGAAUGCCUACGAGGUGAAAUGGUAUCGCAUGUGGAAUAGCAGUUAUGGGAAUAAUUCUUUCGAGAGAAAAAGCUCAUGAUUCUCAUUGGAACAUGCUAUCCAUUCUUUAGUUUAACAGCUACAUUGAAAAAGAUACUGAGUUGCAACAAUGAGAGUUGGCCUUCCUAAGCCAGUACUAAAU